AUGUCUUCCAGCUCACCUUUUGACCUCACGGGGAAAACUGCCCUGUGCACUGGCGGCACCCGUGGUAUUGGCCAAGCUAUGGCCCUUGCGCUAGCUGAAGCUGGCGCUGAUAUUAUUCUUGUACAGAGGGAUACUUCAAAUACGGUGACUCAAUCGGCUAUUAGAGCUCUCGGUAAAUCUUGCAAUAUCGUCACCGCCGACCUAUCCUCAGCGGAAUCUGUUGCUGCACUUAUUCCGACUCUUGUAGCCGAUCCCUCAAAGCUCCCCAACAGACGUAUAGAUAUUCUGUUGAAUAGUGCCGGCAUCCAACGUCGCCAUCCUUCUCAUAAAUUCCCAGAGGACGAUUGGAAUGAAGUUCUUCAAACCAAUCUUUCUACGGUCUUCGUUCUUUGCCGUGACAUUGGGAAUUACUGGCUUAGUGCUUUACCUCCUUUGAGAGGAGGACGCAUCAUAAAUGUUGCAUCUCUUCUCUCCUUCCAGGGAGGAUUAACAGUUCCAGCAUACUCUGCUUCGAAAGGCGGUGUGCUACAACUGACAAAAGCGCUCAGUAACGAAUGGGCUGGUAGAGGAAUUGGCGUCAAUUCCAUUGCGCCAGGAUAUAUCGCGACGGAUAUGAACAAGGCAUUGAUUAGUGAUGAGACUAGAGCGAAGCAAAUUAUGGACCGUAUUCCGGCCGGGAGGUGGGGCAGUCCGGAGGAUUUUAAAGGACCAGUAGUGUUUUUGGCGUCCGAAAAAGCAAGUGGAUAUGGUAGUGCACAGUCUGGCAUGGGUGGUCCUCCUUCCGGGGACCAAAACGAUAAGUCUCAGGACAAGAAAAAAGAAAAGCCAAAGUACGAGCCUCCGCCACCAACCACCCGUGUUGGCCGUCGCAAACGCCGCGCCGCCGCUGGUCCCGAUGCUGCUAGCAAGCUUCCAACAGUGUUUCCAAAUGCACGGUGUAAACUAAAAUUAUUACGGAUGGAACGUAUUAAGGAUCACUUGCUUCUCGAGGAGGAGUUUGUACAGAACCAGGAGCAGCUGCGCCGGAAUAAGGGUGAGAAGGGAGGCUUAGAGCAGAGGCAAGAGGAGGAACGAAGUCGAGUUGACGAUAUGCGAGGAAGCCCUAUGGGUGUAGGGAACCUGGAGGAAAUGAUUGAUGAUGACCAUGCAAUUGUUUCCUCCGCGACCGGGCCUGAAUACUACGUCUCUAUCAUGUCCUUUGUCGACAAAGACCUUCUAGAACCUGGCUGUUCCGUUCUUCUUCACCACAAAACCGUCUCAAUUGUCGGUGUCCUUACAGAAGAGUCGGAUCCUUUGAUUUCAGUUAUGAAGCUUGAUAAAGCCCCGACAGAAUCGUAUGCAGAUAUCGGUGGUCUGGAAACCCAGAUCCAGGAGGUCCGUGAAGCUGUCGAGCUACCCCUACUUCACCCUGAGCUGUAUGAAGAAAUGGGUAUCAAGCCUCCAAAGGGUGUCAUUCUAUACGGAGCCCCUGGAACCGGAAAAACCCUUCUCGCCAAAGCCGUAGCAAAUCAAACAUCUGCCACUUUCCUGCGCAUCGUUGGUUCUGAGCUUAUUCAGAAAUACCUCGGUGAUGGACCUCGUCUCUGCCGUCAAAUUUUCCAGGUCGCUGCUGAGCACGCGCCUAGUAUCGUAUUCAUUGAUGAAAUUGAUGCUAUCGGUACUAAACGUUAUGAUUCAACAAGUGGGGGUGAGAGGGAAGUACAGAGGACUAUGUUGGAACUUCUAAAUCAAUUGGACGGUUUCGAUGACAGGGGUGAUGUCAAGGUUAUCAUGGCCACAAACAAGAUCGAGACCCUAGAUCCUGCAUUGAUUAGGCCUGGACGGAUUGAUCGUAAGAUUUUAUUUGAGAAUCCAGAUCAAAACACAAAACGAAAGAUUUUUACUCUCCACACCUCAAAAAUGUCCCUCAGUAGUGAUGUAGAUCUUGAAGAGUUUAUCAAUCAGAAGGACGACCUCUCUGGUGCUGAUAUCAAAGCAAUUUGUACUGAGGCUGGUCUACUCGCACUGAGGGAGAGGAGAAUGAGGGUACAAAUGGCGGAUUUCAGGACUGCUAGGGAAAGAGUCUUGAAGACCAAGAAUGAGAGUGAGCCGGAGGGUUUGUACUUGUAG